CAGCCAAUUGUAUAAACCUUGGUUAAAAAUUACCAUAGUAAAUAAGUAACCAAGGUUAAAAUCGUAGUUAAGAUACCAUGGUUAAUUUUUACUUGUAUAAAGCUUUUAACCACAUGGUAAGCUAACCAUGGUAAAUACUUAUUUUUAACCCAAGUUAUUUUUCCCAUAAUUCCGAUUUUGUAUUUCCGUAAACAUUACCAAACGAUAUCUAGGCAAAACAAUAAUAAUGGCGGAUAUCGAUUGCGAUAGAAAAAAAUCAAAAAUGAUGAGUCCGAUGGAGAUCGAGGUCAUUCGAGAGUUUAUGUUUGACAAUAUCAAUCAAAUGCAAGAAUCCCACAGCAACGGUGGCCCCGGAGCCGCGAGGAAAGUGCGUUUGCUGUGGGAGCAAUUGACUGAAAAGGUCAACGCAGUUGGAAACGGUCCGCGGACAGUAAACCAAGUGAAGAUGAAAUGGAACAACAUGAAAAAGAAUGCAAAGAAAGAAGUAACUGACCAGAAGCUAGGGUUGGCUGGUACUGGCGGCGGCAGAAAGUUGCCAGAAAUGACGAAGACGUCGGCGGCAGUGUCGGAGCUAUUCGCGGGCUCCGCCAGUUUUCACGGUGUUAGCGAUGACGCUGACACUGCUAUAUUUGGAGAUUUAUCAUCCCAGGCUGCCUACGAUGCGCUUGUGGACUUGGUCCCACUUAUUGAAGCGGCAAAAGUUGGAUCCUCCUUGUUCCUGGACUGUCAGGGCAGCAAUGGCCACGCAACGGAGACGCCGCAGGUCACAGACGAACCAGCGAUCGUCCCCGUUGAUGCAACAGUUCCAGUGUCUGAUGUGAAGUUCGUUGCCACUAAAGUUAGUGAACCGACAAAGAAACCACAAAAGAACGUUGCCACCGGCAAAAAAACUGCUAGUGAACAUCCCUGUAUAGUAAUAAAAGUAUUAAAUCUGGGUAAAACCGCGUUUAAAAUAAUAUAG